AUGAGCACCUUGUUCGUGGACAUCUGGUUUGUUGCUCCUGUCAUCCUGCUGUUUGUGACACCUGAAGCAACUACUUCAUGGUGGUAUAUGGGUGCUGUUGGUUCCUCUUCUACGUCAUCACGAGUAAUGUGCAAUAAUAUACCUGGUUUGGUAACUCGUCAGAGGCAAUUGUGUCAGCGCUAUCCAGAAAUCAUGCAUGUUAUUGGUCUAGGGGUGAGUGAGUGGACAGCAGAGUGUCAGCAUCAGUUUAGACAUCAUCGCUGGAAUUGCAACACUCAUGAACGAGAUCAAAGCUUAUUUGGAAAAUUUAUUUUACGAAGCAACCGAGAGUCAGCCUUUGUUUAUGCAAUGUCUUCUGCUGGAGUGGUGUUUGCUAUUACGAGGGCUUGCAGUCAAGGAGAACUGAAGUCUUGCACCUGUGAUCCAAAGAAAAAAGGUUCUUUUAAGGACAGCAGAGGAAGCUUUGACUGGGGUGGCUGCAGUGAUAACAUAGACUAUGGUAUCAAAUUUGCUAGAGCAUUUGUGGAUGCAAGAGAGAAGAAAGGAAAAGAUGCAAGAGCCCUAAUGAAUCUUCACAACAACAGAGUUGGAAGAAAAGCUGUAAAGAGGUUUAUGACACAGGAAUGCAAGUGCCAUGGAGUCAGUGGGUCUUGUACUUUACGGACAUGCUGGCUGACAAUGGGGGACUUUCGUAAAUCUGGAGACUUAUUGAGAAAAAAAUACAAUGGGGCCAUACAAGUUGUUAUGAAUCAAGAUGGUACUGGUUUUACAGUGGCAAAUAAAAGGUUUAACAAACCAACUUCCAAUGACCUGGUGUACUUUGAGAACUCACCUGACUACUGUAUCAGGGACAAAGAUGUUGGUUCAUUUGGAACGGCUGGCAGAGUCUGUAACCAGUCUUCACGUGGCAUGGACAGCUGUGAGGUUAUGUGUUGUGGAAGAGGAUAUGACACUGCCCGCAUUACCAAAAUGGUUAAGUGUGAGUGCAAGUUUCAUUGGUGCUGCGCGGUGCGAUGCAAAGACUGUCUAGAAACGGUGGAUGUGCACACGUGUAAAGCAGCCAAAGAUGCUGGGUGGAACUAG